AUGUUGCAUGUACAUUGCUCGAGUUUAAUAUGACCGUCGAUUCGAACAUAACCAUACAGCAACAAAAUGUUGAAGAUCCUGUUGAGGAGAUGUUAAAGAAAACAGGCUGUAUGGAAUUGCAUUACGAAGUUCAAGAGUGCAUAGCAGAAACACAGGACUGGCGAAAGUGUCGCGAACAAGUACAAAAGUUUAAGGUAUGCAUGGAAGAGCAUCAAAAAAAGCGGGAACGAGCAUACUCUUAAUUUAAUAAAUAUGUUGGCAAUAUUAAAUUAUGUA